AUGGUGACCACAGUGUGCAUUGCCCAGCACCAGGUCUGGCAAGACCAGCAGGCCAUUGGGGUGCUGCAAGCUGAGCUGGCCCUGAGCUGCCCCAAGCAGUCCGAGAUUGGGACCAGCACAGGUAGCCACCUGCUACGGCUGCCUAAGGCCAAUUGCAGGGCCAGAUUCUGCCUGAGGCUCCUGAAGGCCAUGUAUCAAGCCCUGUUCGGCACUGAGCCCAGAGGAGAGGCCUCGUGCUCCCUCCCACUGGCCCCUGUCAAGAACGUAGGUGCUGGCCUGGUGGUGGCGGUCCUCAUCGCCAACUCCCUGAAUGAUGGCAUCACUCUUUACAGGAGCUUCCUCCAGCUGGGCGCAGGCCUGAGCGUGGGCCUGAGCGGGCUGGCAGCUGGCUUUGCCAUCGGCAUUGUGGGGGACGCCAGAGUGCGGGGCACUGCCCAGAAGCCUCGGCUAUUCGUGGGCAUGAUCCUCAUCCUCAUCUUCGCUGAGGUCCUUGGCCUCUAUGGUCUCAUCGUGGCCCUCAUCCUUUCCACAAAGUAGCUCUUCUCUGAGCCCACCAGCUACAGAAUAUGAUGUAAAGACCACUCCCUCCUCAUUCCAGAACGAACAGCCUGACACACACGCACGGGGCAGCUGCCCCCCAGUAGUUGGUCUUGUAAAUGCACAGUGUCCUAGUGCCCAUCAUCCGUUGCCCCUGGCCUUGCCCCUGCCCGCCCUGUGCCAUGGACAUCUGGACCCACUCAUCACCCACCCAGGCCCCUGACCAGUGAGGAUGCAGGCCCCUGGCCGCCCCCACCCACCUGCUCUAGAGUGCUCUGUGUAUAAGAAUGAAUUAGAGUUGUCAUUUUCUUCACUGGAUGUUUAUUUAUAAAGAUUUGACCUGUUA